CGCUCACUGUUGUAAAUACAGGGUUGUUUUGAACGCGUGUGAAGAGGCAGCAGCACCGACACAAAGCAGACACCGUAGGGAGACAUGACGGUGGAGACAAGAAACAGCGACAUGAGAGGAGCUGGAACAUCAGGCAGCAGACAGGAGGGCCCUGGAGGACUGUGGGACUCUGUGAAGAAAGCUGCGGUCGUCAUCGGAUCCGGCAUCUUAUUCUUGGCUGCAUUUGGCAACUCACUGACAUGGCAUCUACAGAAAUUUUGGGGAGCUUCGGGAGAUUUCUGGCAGAACCUGUGGACGAAGCUGCAUGUGACUUUUGAUGGUCAUCAUACUGCUUUGUUCUACUUAGGGACAAUGUUGAUCCCCACUCUGGCGUUCUGGGGGACCAAUUUUCUGCUGCUGUUGGUGGACACCACCGGUAAACCUGCCUUCAUCACACGCUACCGCAUCCAGGUGGACAAGAAUAACCCGGUGGAUCCGGCUAAGCUUCGCAACGUACUGAAGACUGUCAUGUUCAACUACAUCUUCAUCUCGGGGCCCAUGGUGGUGGUCGCGUACUACUUGAUGAACAUGAGAGGAGACCCCUGUGGCCCUGAGCUGCCCACCUUCCACUGGGCCCUGACUGAGCUGGCUGCCUUUGGCAUCAUAGAGGAAAUUAUGUUUUACUAUUCACACAGGCUGUUCCACAGUCCUGGCCUCUACAAGCGUUUCCACAAACAGCACCAUGAGUGGACCGCUCCCAUUGGAAUCGUUUGUAUCUAUGCUCAUCCUCUGGAACAUAUGACCUCCAACAUGCUGCCGGUGGCAAUUGGGCCGGUGAUCCUGGGCUCCCACCUGUCCACCACCUGCUUGUGGUACUGCCUGGCUCUGAUCAGCACCACCAUCUCCCACUGUGGAUACCACCUCCCCUUCCUGCCCUCGCCCGAGUUCCAUGACUUCCACCACCUCAGGUUUAACCAGUGUUUCGGGGUCUUGGGCGUGUUGGAUCGGCUCCACGGCACCGACACUAAAUUCAAGCAGACGAAGCAGUAUGAGCGCCACCUUCUGCUCACCGGCUUCACCCCUCUGAAUGAGAGCAUCCCUGACACACCAAAGAAAGGCCAAUGAAGAACUGGGACCCUUAAGCCUUUAACCUCAGGACUCGCCAAAUUGGGAAGAUAUGGUGGUUCCCAAUCCAUUGAUUGUUGUAAUCCAUAAAUCAGUUGAUCAGUGUCAGGCUGUGAAAGUCUGUCAACACUCUGCGACCACCAACAUCAGUUUUUAUUUUUCGAAGUAGAAAUAUUGCACUUUAUUAUUAGACAUUCAGAUCUUUGAUAAGGUAGACGAAAUAAUUUGGUUAUUGAUGACUGUUUAUGCAACUCAUUUCAAUUUACAGCACUCUGUCAUAACUGAGGUGAAGGACCCAUGUUCAGCCCUGAGCCUUCACCUGUCCUAACCUAUAAAACCUUGUCCUGUCUUUGGUUAGACAAAGGAUACAUUUGCACUUUUCAUUUCCAUGACAACACAUAUCUUUGAAACUGAAAUGUGUCUUUACAUUUGACAGGAAGCCUCAAUGAUAUUGUAUGAGACAUGAAUGUAAAAGAGAUCUCCUACUGUGAUUGAUACAAUGUUAAUAUUUCAACUUGACUGUUUAAUAUUAAAACAUUUUAAGAAGA